AGGUCGAUAACAAUGUGAAUUGAGCGUCAACGUUGCCAUAUUUAAUGGUUUAUCACCAGAGCUCCUAACUAACACACACAGAGGCUAAAGGUGGGGUGCCGCAAGAUAUCCUCAUGAAGAUGCAGGCUACUAUAAUAUACACUAACUAAAUAUAUGUUUUACAAAAGGCAAUCAUUAAAGCUUGUGCAAACCCAGGAAUACACUUAUCCACAACACUGAUAUUGUAUACCUGCAGCUGACAAAGUGACAACACAGCACAACUAGAAGUAGUAGUUCGAAACUUCAUUCAUAGGUGUCCAAUUCAUUAAAAUGACAGCCGACAGCGUCAAAAUGACACGAAUCAUAACCUAUCUAUUUGUUUGCAUUUGGAAAAGGUAAAUAAAGACAAACUAUUUUAUAUCAUACGUUCGAUGGUAUGAUAUUUGCAUAUUGUACUAAGAAAAUAACAGAAUAUUGAAAUGGUGUGUGAUAAAUGUCAGAAGAAAGUUGGUAAGGUAAUCACGCCAGAUCCCUGGAAAAGUGGAGCAAGGAAUACCACCGAAUCUGGUGGAAGAGUAGUAAACGAGAACAAAGCUUUAACAGCCUCGAAAAACAGAUUCAAUCCAUACACCACAAAGUUCGAAACUUGCAGUUGCUUUGGUUUGAGACUGAUACAUUCCCAAACUACUCCAGAAACAAUGUAUGAAAAUGCAAUGUGCAGUGGAAUGGUAGUGGUGUUGAAUACUACUGGUACUCCAAGUUACACAGGGAUAUGUAGACAAAAGGUACAUCAGGCUGGAUCACACUAUUGCCAGGCAUGUGCAUACAAAAAGGGGAUAUGUGCCAUGUGUGGCAAAAAAAUAAUAAGCACAAAAAAUUACAAGCAGUCUGCAGCUUGAGGUGACCUGUUACAAAUAUAACAAAGGUGCUGUGGUGUAGUUAUAGCACCAGGAGAAACUCUUGCAUCAGCCCUUAUUUUACUAACUAGUCAGUACAAAAAAUAUCAGUGAGUGAUUAUGACUGGCCUCAUAUUGAUUCAAUAUUACAUACAUUCGUUGUUUUCAGUUUGAGUAGCUAUGUAUCUGAAGAUUACUUUCUAUCAUAUACUUUCAAAUAUGUUACGUUUAUCCACAUUGGACAUAUUAUUUUAUUGUAAAAUUAUAUCAGAUGACUUUUGUAAGUAGAAAAUAUAUUAUUAUCAAAUGUAUUUCAGUUUUACAUAUUUUAUGACCC